AUGGGCUCGGGCCGGGCCGGGCCUCCGAAAAUCGGGAAAAAGCCGGCCCGGCCCGUUACAAAAUUUCAGAAUCUCAGAAUUUCAGAAUCUCAGAAUCUCAGAAUCUCAGAAUCUCAGAAUCUCAGAAUCUCAAAAUCUCAGAAUCUCAGAAUCUCAGAAUUUCAGAAUCUCAGAAUCUCAGAAUCUCAGAAUUUCAGAAUUUCAGAAUCUCAGAAUCUCAGAAUUUCAGAAUUUCAGAAUUUCAGAAUCUCAGAAUUUCAGAAUUUCAGAAUCUCAGAAUCUCAGAAUCUCAGAAUCUCAGAAUCUCAGAAUCUCAGAAUCUUAGAAUCUCAGAAUCUCAGAAUCCCAGAAUCUCAGAAUCUCAGAAUCUCAGAAUCUCAGAAUCUCAGAAUCUCAGGAUCUCAGAAUCUCAGAAUCUUAGAAUCUCAGGAUCUCAGACUCUCAGAAUCUCAGAAUCUCAGAAUCUCAGAAUCUCAGAAUUUCAGAAUUUCAGAAUCUCUGAAUCUCAGAAUCCCAGAAUCUCAGAAUCUCAGAAUCUCAGAAUCUCAGAAUCUCAGAAUCUCAAAAUCUCAGAAUCUCAGAAUCUCAGAAUCUCAAAAUCUCAGAAUCUCAGAAUCUCAGAAUCUCAGAAUCUCAGAAUCUCAGAAUUUCAGAAUCUCAGAAUCUCAGAAUUUCAGAAUCUCAGAAUUUCAGAAUCUCAGAAUCUCAGAAUCUCAAAAUCUCAGAAUCUCAGAAUCUCAGAAUCUCAGAAUCUCAGAAUCUCAGAAUCUCAGAAUCUCAGAAUCUCAGAAUCUCAGAAUUUCAGAAUCUCAGAAUCUCAGAAUUUCAGAAUCUCAGAAUUUCAGAAUCUCAGAAUCUCAGAAUCUCAGAAUCUCAGAAUCUCAGAAUCUCAGAAUCUCAGAGUCUCAGAAUCUCAAAAUCUCAGAGUCUCAGAAUCUCAGAAUCUCAGAAUCUCAGAAUCUCAGAAUUUCAGAAUCUCAGAAUCUCAGAAUUUCAGAAUCUCAAAAUCUCAGAAUCUCAGAAUCUCAGAAUCUCAGAGUCUCAGAAUCUCAGAAUCUCAGAAUCUCAGAAUUUCAGAAUCUCAGAAUCUCAGAGUCUCAGAAUCUCAGAAUCUCAGAAUCUCAGAAUCUCAAAAUCUCAGAGUCUCAGAAUCUCAGAAUCCAAGAAUCUCAGAAUCUCAGAAUUUCAGAAUCUCAGAAUCUCAGAGUCUCAGAAUCUCAAAAUCUCAGAAUCUCAGAAUCUCAGAAUCUCAGAAUCUCAAAAUCUCAGAAUCUCAGAAUCUCAGAAUCUCAGAAUCUCAAAAUCUCAAAAUCUCAGAAUCUCAGAAUCUCAAAAUCUCAGAGUCUCAGAAUCUCAGAAUCCAAGAAUCUCAGAAUCUCAGAAUUUCACAAUCUCAGAAUCUCAGAAUUUCAGAAUCUCAGAAUCUCAGAAUCUCAGAAUCUCAGAAUCUCAGAAUCUCAAAAUCUCAGAAUCUCAGAAUCUCAGAAUCUCAAAAUCUCAGAGUCUCAGAAUUUCAGAAUCUCAGAAUCUCAGAAUCUCAGAAUUUCAGAAUCUCGGAAUCUCAGAAUUUCAGAAUCUCAAAAUCUCAGAAUCUCAGAAUCUCAAGAAUCUCAGAAUCUCAGAAUCUCAAAAUCUCAAAAUCUCAGAAUCUCGGAAUCUCAGAAUCUCAGAAUCUCAGAAUCUCAGAAUCUCAGAAUCUCAGAAUCUCAGAAUCUCAGAAUCUCAGAAUCUCAGAAUCUCAGAAUCUCAGAAUCUCAGAAUCUCAGAAUCUCAGAAUCUCAGAAUCUCAGAAUCUCAGAAUCUCAGAAUCUCAGAAUCUCAGAAUCUCAGAAUCUCAGAAUCUCAGAAUCCAAGAAUCUCAGAAUCUCAGAAUUUCACAAUCUCAGAAUCUCAGAAUUUCAGAAUCUCAGAAUCUCAGAAUCUCAGAAUCUCAGAAUCUCAAAAUCUCAGAAUCUCAGAAUCUCAGAAUCUCAAAAUCUCAGAGUCUCAGAAUCUCAAAAUCUCAGAGUCUCAGAAUUUCAGAAUCUCAGAAUCUCAGAAUCUCAGAAUCUUAGAAUCUCAAAAUCUCAGAAUCUCGGAAUCUCAGAAUCUCAGAAUCUCAGAAUCUUGGAAUCUCAGAAUCUCAGGAUCUCAGAAUCUCAGAAUCUUAGAAUCUCAGGAUCUCAGAAUCUCAGACUCUCAGAAUCUCAGAAUCUCAGAAUCUCAGAAUCUCAGAAUUUCAGAAUUUCAGAAUCUCUGAAUCUCAGAAUCCCAGAAUCUCAGAAUCUCAGAAUCUCAGAAUCUCAGAAUCUCAGAAUCUCAAAAUCUCAGAAUCUCAGAAUCUCAGAAUCUCAAAAUCUCAGAAUCUCAGAAUCUCAGCAUCUCAAAAUCUCAGAAUCUCAGAAUCUCAGAAUCUCAGAAUCUCAGAAUCUCAGAAUUUCAGAAUCUCAGAAUCUCAGAAUUUCAGAAUCUCAGAAUCUCAGAAUCUCAGAAUCUCAGAAUCUUAGAAUCUCAGAAUCUCAGAAUCUCAGAAUCUCAGAAUCUCAGAAUCUCAGAAUCUUGGAAUCUCAGAAUCUCAGAAUCUCAGAAUCUCAGAAUCUCAGAAUCUCAGAAUCUCAGAAUCUCAGAAUCCAAGAAUCUCAGAAUCUCAGAAUUUCACAAUCUCAGAAUCUCAGAAUUUCAGAAUCUCAGAAUCUCAGAAUCUCAGAAUCUCAGAAUCUCAAAAUCUCAGAAUCUCAGAAUCUCAGAAUCUCAAAAUCUCAGAGUCUCAGAAUCUCAAAAUCUCAGAAAUCUCGGAAUCUCAGAAUUUCAGAAUCUCAAAAUCUCAGAAUCUCAGAAUCUCAAGAAUCUCAGAAUCUCAGAAUCGCAGAAUCUCAGAAUCUCAAGAAUCUCAGAAUCUCAGAAUCUCAGAAUCUCAAAAUCUCAGAAUCUCAGAAUCUCAAAAUCUCAGAGUCUCAGAAUCUCAGAAUCCAAGAAUCUCAGAAUCUCAGAAUUUCAGAAUCUUAG